CCUGCCCCUCACAUUUGCGUCACUCCAGCCGGAAGUCCCAUGUAGUUAUUUUUCUCCCGAACAUGGCGGAAGGUGAUGCGGGCUUCAGCAACGACCAGAUACUGGAAGUAGGAGCUGUGCUGCUGAGGGAUUUCAUCUACGAGCGAGUCCAUCGUAAUGCAGACACCGAAGUUUCACGUCACGACCUGGGAGGGAGCGAGCUGUCUGACCCGACCCAUAAGAAACUGGCUCAGUGUUUACAGCAGAUUGGAGAUGAACUGGACAGCAAUGUAGAAUUGCAGAAAAUGUUAGCUGACUCCUCGCUCCAGCCGACUCAAGAAGUCUUCUCCAAGGUGGCGCGCGAGAUUUUCUCGGAUGGGAAGUUUAACUGGGGCAGAGUGGUGGCGCUUUUCUACUUUGCUUGUCGACUUGUGAUCAAGGCUCUUAUGACGAAAAUUCCAGACAUCAUCAGAACCAUUAUCAACUGGACUCUGGACUACCUGCAGGAGCAUGUGAUUAAUUGGAUUAGAGAGCAGGGAGGCUGGGAGGGGAUCCGCUCCUACUUCGGCACACCGACCUGGCAGACCAUCGGCGUCUUUCUGGCCGGAGUUCUCACCACUGUCCUGGUCAUGCGCAAGAUGUGAAAAGAAAGAAAUGCAAGAAUGAUAGUAAAGAAAAGAGAGGGGUUGGGAAGAGGCAGAGAAAGAGCUGAUAAGAUGAGACAGAGAGAUCAAGAGAAAGAGGAGGGCAAUAAGGGGCAGAUCCAUUGUUAUGUGAACGAAUAGAGAGAGAGAGAGAGAGAGAGAGAGAGAUAUUUGACUGAGAUCGGACGAUACGGAUAGAGCCAAGCAUAAUGUUUAAUCGCUUCGCGACUCUUGAGCCUAUUUCCUUUCUCCUCAAUAUAUACAUACACACAUGCACUGAAAUAUAGGAGAAUGAGAGAAAGACUGAGGGAUGCACGGGAGGAUGCGUCGGGCCUUAUUUUUAGGUUAUUUAUUUUUAUCGUCAGGCAAAUCAAACAGUAUUUGCCUUCCUCUUUUAUAUAUCAAAUAGAUUAGAUGAUUAGGGUUAGACUUUACGAAGGAAUCGACAGACUCUUCCUUUACUAGGAGACGAUCUGCAUACAUACUUGAAUCACUCUCCUCUCGCAAUGAACUCAUAGGAAUUGCACAUAUUUAAUACUCGCAAAGGGUUUUUGAAGGCUUUAUAAAAACAUCCUCGAUAUUUUACCUCAAAAUCAUUUUUUUUUCCUUCCUUGUCGGCCGUAAUCGAUAGCAGCAGGUUAAAGAGGUACUCUGCCCUGUCUCCCUUGUUCUUUCUCUCUUUCCUUCCUUUCAUCUCAACACCCAAACCAAGACCUACUAGUAAGCAAAUGUGUGUGUGGGGACACGGUUGCGAUUUUGGUGCUGAAGUCAAAUGCAGAAGCACUACGGGGGUUUGCAGCUUCUUUUUUUACUGAGAAUUAACGACAAUCUGAUAGCGCAGGGAUUUUAAUUAAGUCCUUGUCGGGUUCUUUUUUUUUUUUUUUUUCUUUCUUUCUUCUUUUUCUUCUCUUCUCUUCUCAGAUAUGAGCCAGUUACUGAGUAGUGUACACGGACCCGGAAUAGGACAAAAAAAAAAAAAGCAUCCAGUCAUCCAGGACUUUAUAUAAAUGUAUAUGAAAGUUCAAGAUCAGAUUUUUUUUUUUUUUAUUUAAUUUUGAAUUUGAUGAACCUGCUGGAUUAAAGAGCAAUAGAUACUCCCAAGUAUUCCGAUUGGCUGCAAGCUCCCUUGGUGUGAAGAGGUAUGUGUGCUUCUCAUUAGAAAGUACACACUUGCACAUAGACAGACAUCGACCCGGUCUUCUAAAAGUGGUCUUAGUACUGUACUUUUUCCCCUUUUUUUUUUUCUUCCUUCUCUCUCCCCUAAAACCCAAUCACAUGCAAUCACACUUUUAUACACUUUCACACAUUGUGGUCUUUGGAUACAAAUUUUUAUUAAUUUUUUUUUUUUUAAAGAAUGUUUUCUUCCUAUGUUGACAGUGCCUUGGUCUUUUUUAUUCUCUAUAUAAAUAUUUCUCCACUUUGAUACAGUCACCAUUUUGCUGUCUUUUCCUCACAUUUGUAUAAUUGUAUGAAUUACGGUGGAUUGAUGCCAUGUAGCUGUAUUCUCUCUGUCAGCCCUUUACUGUUUUGUAACUUGUAAUGAUUAAUAAAAUGUUUUUAUGAAUUUCAAAUCUAAA